GGGCCAGGUAGAGCUGCCGGGCGGCGGCCGGGCGCGCCGGGACGGGAUGAGGAGCUGCCGUCUCUGCCGAUUUGACGCGGCCAGGGGCCCGCGGCGGCUCAUGCGCGUGGGCCUUGCGCUAAUACUGGUGGGCCACUUGAACCUGCUGCUGGGGGCCGUGCUGCACGGCACCGUCCUGCGGCACGUGGCCAAUCCCCGCGGCGCUGUCACCCCGGAGUACACCACGGCCAAUGUCAUCUCCGUGGGCUCGGGGCUGUUGAGUGUUUCCGUGGGACUGGUGGCCCUCUUGGCAUCCAGGAACCUCCUACGCCCUCAACUGCACUGGGCCUUGCUGGCCGUAGCUCUGGUGAACCUGCUUUUGUCCGCUGCCUGCUCCCUGGGCCUCCUCCUCGCUGUGUCGCUCACUGUGGCAAAUGGUGGCCGGCGUCUGAUUGCUGACUGCCAUCCAGGAGUGCUCGAUCCUUUGCUACCCCUGGACGAGGGACCUGGACGGGCUGACUGCCCCUUUGACCCCACAAGAAUCUAUGACACGGCCUUGGCUCUCUGGAUUCCUUCUAUGCUCAUGUCGGCAGUAGAGGCUGUCCUGUCUGGUUACUGCUGUGUGGCUGCACUCACCCUUCGUGGGGUUGGGCCCUGCAAGAAGGAACGGCUGCAGGAACAGCUGGAGGAACUGACGGAGCUUGAGCUUCCUAAAUGUAAAGGGCAGGAGAAUGAGCAGCUAUUGGAUCAAAAUCAAGAAAUUCAGCCACCACAGAAAAGCUUGGCGUAGGACAGGUUGUGCCAUGAGGCUUGUGGCCUGGAAAAGGGUGAGGGUGGCAAACUGCUUUUCGAACUGGGUCUGGUCCUUUGCUUCUGGCUACUUGCCUUGUAACCUGGGCUUUCUCGUGUACCGAGCAGGUGUUGACCCUGUGGCAGGUGCUCAGCCACAGGGUUUUCACUUUAAGAUGAACUAAAUAACUGAAAUAAAAUAACUUUUUUCUACUUGAGAAUGAUUUCUU